AUGGGCUCGACAGGAGCAUCCGCCACAUUUCAUGCGUAUGGCGAUCUGAUACGCACACCAUCUAUACAUCCGCUUAUUAAUAGGUUAGUUUUGGGGGCGGUUUGGUGAGGUUUUAGGGAGACGAUUUUGUGUAGUUCCAGAAGUUGUUCGAUCAAACAAAACAAUUUGUGUAAUAAACGAAGUCGACCGAUAUCUGACAAAGAUUUUGAUGAUGAUCAUAGCGGUCAGUUGGGGGUUUUGGGGUUUGGAAAUUUUCAUGGUAAUGGAUUUUGUAGUUUUUUGAAAAAUUAGAAAACUACUGAAUUUUUAACAGUAGAAACAUAUCUAGUUUUCAAUCCAGCUUGGUUAUUGUGCGGGGUUCAAAAGUAAAAAAAUAAUCUAAAAUUGCCUAUUCAAAAUUCCGUUGAACAUUUUUGUUGGGUUUUCUGUCCAAUUUCUUCUCACAGUUAGAAAUCGAGUUAGAUCUGCAGGUUCCAUUUUUUCGCUCUCUUCUCAUUUUUUUUUUAGAUAUCCUGAAGUAUUUUGUGAUUUAAAAAUAUUUCUCUAAUUGAUUUUGAACUCAUAAUUUUGAUCUACUUUUUUCCUUGCCGAUUCUUGGAACCUUGUGAAUCUUUUGUUGAUUUUGCGAAAAUGAAUCUUCGGUUCCAAAUUCUUAAUGUUAGUCGUUAGUCAGAAUUCAUAUUUUCGAAAUUCAUGAAUCACUUGGAAUUUUUAAACAUUUCUGUAACGUGUCUACAAGUUACCGUAAUCCACAUGAUGAGUAAAUAUACAUAUUUGCAAAACAUUUCUCUAACUGAUUUUGAACUCCUGUUUUUGAUCUACCUCUCUUUCUUGCCGAUUCUUUGAAGCUUGUGAAUUGUUUGUUGAUUUUCCAAAAAUUAAUCUUCGGUUCCGAAUUUUUAGUCAGAAUUCAUAUUUUCGGAAUUCAUGAAUCACUUGGGAUUUUUAAAUAUUUCUGUAACGUUUCUACAAGUUACUGUAAUCCACAUGAUGAGUGAAUAUAUUCUUGCAAAAUAUUUCUCUAAUUGAUUUCGAAUUCAUAAUUUUGAUCUACCUCUUUUUCUUGCCGAUUCUUUGAAGUUGAUUUUGCGAUAAUAAAUCUUCGGUUCUGAAUUUUUUUCAGAAUUCAUUUUUUUGGAAUUCAGGAAUCACUCGGGAUUUUAUCAUUAUUUUUUUGAAAAACAAAUAUAGGUUUUUCAAAAAAUUUCUGUAAGUUACCGUAAUCCCCAGUUUUUCUUGUGAAAUUAUCUUUUUCUGAAUGGAUGUGAAUUCUAUUGAUUCAAUCCCAAACAAUUUUUCUGACAUCUUCUAUUCCGAAAAUCUAAUGUUCCUUUAAAGUAAAGUUCCACAUGUCCGAUUUCCGAUUUCUCCUCCUCCUCUUGCGUCACCAAACUCUAAAAUCUUAUUAAAACCAACUAACUUAAUUGUAUCGUCUUGUCUGUCCGUCAGAAAAAAACAACAAGAUGUUUUGUUUUUUAAUAUCCCCCUAACAACCAAAUGUCACUUCAAAUAUCUCAAACACUUAUACAUUUUUUUGAGCGCACUACAGAAAAAAAUGCUCCGAACAUUCAUGUAAGAAAACAACCAACAACAAGCAAAACAAGAGAAAAAGUUGGGAGCAAGAAAAAAAUAAUUAUUAUUUCAAAAUCAUUGUUUUUUGAAUACUGGACCAUUUUUUUCGUGACAAAAAUGAGGAACAAAAAAUAUUUUUACGUUCAGAUGUUUUUUUUCAAGUUACAUUCUAGAAGAAAUCUCAAAAAGAUUUUAAAAGACAACAUCGCGUGUCAUUUAUACUCAUUUAACAACAUUGUAUAACUUGACUAAAAAGCAUUUUUCUUUUUUUGUUUUUGCUUUUUUGUGUUUCAUCUUUCUCAUUUGCCUUCUGCUAAUUUUUAUCGUUUUUCGUUGGCUGUGAAUCAUCAUAAAACCUCGCGAAAAAUGUGGGCUCAAACAACGGCGGAUCAUUGUAAAUCAGACAUGUGUGAAGGUUUACGAGGUGCUGCAGAUGCGGUUUUAGCGCAUCAAAUUUUCUCUUCAACCUUAUUUAUUGAUACAUCGCCAAGUUCGUCUUAUCAUCGAAUUGUGCCAACUCCACAAAUUUUGUCGGCGAGAUAUUCGACGAAGAGAAAGCGAACGCAUUUUUCGCUGUCGCCCAAAUUGUCACAAGCUUCUUAUCGCUCAUCUGCAGUUUCGGCCAGUAAUUGUUCGAAUGAUCUGAAGGUUCCGGGCUCGGGAAGAUUUAUGAUUAGAGGAGGUUGGUUUUUGAAAGAUUUUGUUAAGCUUGCAUUCUGAAAUCAAUUUCUAUAAAUGAACUUCUCGGCAAAAUAUUUCUGGAAUUUUUUUGUCUUUACUCUAGUGCUUUGAAAUUUCAGCAUGGCUCGGUAUCUGGAAUAGUUUAGAUGCGAUUUAA